UUCUCUUUGACCUGAAUUUUAUUAAAAUUUAAUUUCUUUGUAAUCUAGUACUCUUCGUUUGCGAAAUGUUUUGUAAACCUAUGAACUACAUAAAACUCGAACGCUUAAUGCAGCAUCACGCUUUGAGAAAAAGCAUUUUCCACCAUUAUGUACCUAUCUGCAGUACGAAAGCACCCUUUAUGCUACUUAAAGCCAUCCACACCAGCGAAGUAAGUUGCCGAGACUACGUUUACAAGAACUACCAGCCGCCAUGUCACGAGGACCACGACCAUAAAAAUAUGCGGCUCAAGAGGCCUAUGUCUCCACAUUUGACCAUCUAUGGACCGACCUUGCCUGCUAUGACUUCAAUAGCGCAACGUAUAACUGGCUCAAUCGUGACGUUUUACGCCUUAAUACUGGCUGGCGGAUCACUGUUCCUCUCCAAUGGCAUCGACAGCAUCGUGUCAAUGAUACAAAGCUUGAAUCUAAACAGAUUUUUUAUAUUCCUUCUCAAAAUUAUCAUAGGUUACCCUUUCGCUUUCCAUUAUUUCUGUGGCAUUCGCUUUUGUUUGUUUAACGUAGGAAAAAUUAUGGAAAAACCCCAGGUGUACAAGACUGGAUACCAGGCUAUUAUUGCUGGAGCUGUUUUGGCGGUGUUUUUUGCUUUACGCUAGAUUUGUUUAAAGUUCUAACAUACGACCGCACCGCGACAAGGUCAUCCACAUACUAUCCUGUACGUGGGAGCGAGAAAGAGUUAUUUUUUUCUCGCUCACACUUAUGUGAAUAAAUCCUAUGGUCAAUUGGUCACCGUACGGUGUGGUCGUUUGUUAGCUACUUAUACGGUCAAGAAAACGUCACUAAAAAGACGCCAAAUAUAAAUAGAUUGAGGCCAAGUGUUUAGUGUAGUAUAGGGCUCACCAUGCGCGUGCAUUAUAAACCAAACCUUGACGUUGGUGGAACAAGCUACGAGUAUACGAGCCAUCAUAACACUUAAAUAUGUAUUAAAAAUGUAGAAGCGAAGGCUAAGCGUCUAUAGAAAUGAAUUUCGCGCCUUUAUUUAGUGCCAAGACUGCCAAGAUUUGCUUGACCGUGUUGUUUAUUUUACGCUGAAUUUUAUAUUAUUUAAAUGAGUAAAUAUAAAUGUUGA